CUUAUGGCAAGUUCAUCCCUCUUGCUCAUCUUCCUCUUAGAAGUGGUGCGUCUCACCUCUAUUCUCUCCAUUGUUUGUAGUUUGUUUUGAAGCUUUUGGAUUCCAUGGAAGAAGAUUAGGAACACUUUCACCAAUCACUUUCAACCUAGUUUCAUCAUGAUUAUUCAUUAUUUCUCAAGUUUUCUGGUUCCAAGACUGCAACCCUCCUUGUCUAUGUAGAUGAUAUUGUCCUUAAAGGUAACAACAUUUUUUAAAUACAACAUAUUACUUAGAUUCUUGAUGCCAUGUUUAAGAUAAAGGACUUUGGUGAUCUCAAAUAUUUUAUAGGACUUAAAGUUACUCAGAAUAAUUUUGGUAUUCACAUAUUUGAGCACAAAUACAUCCUUGACAUCCUCUUGGAUUGCAAGAUGCUUGCCUUUUGCCUAGUUUCCACACCCAUGGAUUAUUGCACUUGUCUCUCUAUAACAAUCAACACUCCUCUCUUAGAACCACAGGUUAUUACAAACUUAUUGGUAGACUCAUUUAUCUUACCACUACUUAUCUUAACAUCACUCAUGCAGUUCAUCAUCUUAGUGGAUUUAUCUCUGCUCUUACCAUGACUCAUUCCCAAGCUACUUUCUAUAUGUUGUGUUACUUGAAGCAAGAUCUUGGCUCAGGUAUCUUUAUGCUCUUCCUUCCACCAUUUGUGAUCUUUAAUGAUCCACCUACCUCCUUGAAGAUUUACGAUUGUUGUUUACUUACCGUUUUACUUUUGGUCAUUACCCAAAAGGCCUCUCAAUCAUUGAAGUAUGUUUGUAUUAUAUAAGUUGUUAUUUCUUGUGUUAUUUUAUCGAUGUGAGACUUGUUUGAAUCCCAACACAUAGAUUUCAUGAAAGCUUCUACACCCAAAAGAAAAGGAACUAAAUAUUUUGUCAUGGUUGACCUAUGCCAAAGUCUAACGUAGUAGCAGGAAUACUGAUAGAUGAUUCUGAAACAUUUAUUCAUGUCUUCGUUAAGUUGUUAUGAAUUCCCAAUGAUGUAAUCCAAGUGAAAAUUGUUGGAAGCUGUGAAAUUAACAAACUCCCUCAUCAUAGAAUAUAUCAACAGCCACCAUGAGUGGCAUCGUCUUCAGAACAAGCGGCACAGCACGAACCAAAAGCGCGAACCUCACAAGCAUGUUCGGGAAAUACGUGGAAAAAAGCAGCGUCCAUAGCUGGAACACAAUCAUCGCAGACCUCGCUAGAAGCGGCGAUUCCUCAGAAGCUCUAAGCGCCUUCUCCUCGAUGCGGAAGCUCUCACUGCACCCCAACCGCGCCACCUUCCCCUGCGCCCUCAAGGCCUGCGCCGCCCUCUCCGACCUCCGCGCCGGCGCUCAGACCCACCAGCAGGCCUUCGCCUUCGGCCUCGCCCACGACCUCUUCGUCUCCUCCGCCCUCAUCGACAUGUACUCCAAGUGCGGCCUCCUCGACCACGCUCACCACCUGUUCGACGAAAUUCCCCACCCCAAUGUCGUUUCCUGGACGGCCAUAAUUGCCGGCUACGUCCUCAACCGCCGCCCCCGCGGCGCCGUGCGCGUCUUCAGGGAGAUGAUGGUCCAUGAUAGCGGCGCCGUGGACGCCGUGCUCCUGGGGGCGGUGCUCGCGGCGUGCUCGCGGGUGGGGCGGCGGAGUGUGACGGAGGGGGUGCAUUGCUUGGUGGUCAAGAAAGGGUUUGAGGGGAGUGUGGGCGUUGGGAACACUUUGAUGGAUGCUUAUGCCAAGUGUGGGGAGAUGGGGGUGGCUAGGAAGGUGUUUGAUGGGAUGGAUGAGAGUGAUUUUGAUUCCUAUUCUUGGAACUCUAUGAUUGCUGUGUAUGCGCAGAUUGGGUUGUCUGAUGAGGCUUUCUGUGUUUUUGGUGAUAUGGUGAAGAGUGGCAAGGUCAGGUAUAAUGGGGUCACAUUGUCCGCGGUGUUGUUGGCCUGCGCCAAUUCUGGAGCUUUGCAGCUUGGGAAGUGUAUACAUGAUCAGGUUAUAAAGAUGGAUUUGGAGGAUAAUGUGUUUGUAGGUACAUCUAUAGUUGAUAUGUACUGCAAAUGUGGGAGAGUUGAGAUGGCUAGGACGGCAUUUGAUCGCAUGAAAGAGAAGAAUGUUAAGACAUGGACUGCUAUGAUUGCUGGUUAUGGGAUGCAUGGCCGUGCAAAAGAGGCUAUGGAAGUAUUCUACGAGAUGAUAAGGUCUGGAGUCAAGCCAAAUUACAUUACUUUUGUGUCAGUUUUGGCUGCUUGCAGCCAUGCUGGUAUGUUAAAAGAAGGCUGGCAUUGGUUUAAUAGAAUGAAAUCUGAAUUUAAUGUUGAACCUGGGAUUGAGCAUUAUUCGUGCAUGGUUGAUCUCCUUGGGCGUGCUGGCUAUCUUAAUGACGCUUAUAAUUUAAUCCAGGAAAUGAAUGUGAAACCUGAUUUUAUUAUUUGGGGUUCUCUUCUCGGGGCUUGUAGGAUUCAUAAGAAUGUGGAACUAGGGGAGAUCUCUGCAAGAAAUCUAUUUGAGUUAGAUCCAAGUAAUUGUGGGUAUUAUGUGCUACUCUCCAAUAUUUAUGCUGAUGCUGGAAGGUGGGACGAAGUUGAGAGGAUGAGGUUAUUGAUGAAGAGUCGUGGAUUGCUUAAAACCCCUGGAUUUAGUAUAGUGGAACUCAAAGGUAGGAUACAUGUAUUUUUGGUUGGAGACAAAGAACAUCCUCAACAUGAAAAGAUUUACGAGUAUUUGGACAAAUUAAAUGUCAAGCUGCAAGAACUUGGCUACAUGCCAAAUGUAACGUCAGUGCUUCAUGACGUUGAUGAGGAAGAGAAAGGAAUGGUUCUAAGAGUUCACAGUGAGAAACUAGCUGUUGCCUUUGGAAUCAUGAAUUCAGUUCCUGGGUCAAUAAUCCAUAUCAUAAAAAAUCUUAGAAUUUGUGGUGACUGCCACAUUGCAAUUAAAUUGAUCUCCAAAGUAGUAAAUCGAGAAAUUGUUGUAAGAGAUUCUAAGCGGUUUCAUCAUUUCAAGGAUGGGUUGUGCUCAUGUGGGGACUAUUGGUGACAGCAAUUGAAAUAAAGGGAAUCAGAAUCUGUAGUAUAGGAU